AUGAAGAACUCAAAGAAACCCAUGAAAAGGGCUUCCUCACGUAGAAUAAGACCAUUUCAGCGUGAAUUACGAAUAUUAAAGGAACUGCGAAAAAAUAAUUGCCCAUUCUCUCCCAUAGCUCUCGACAGCGGACGAGUUGCUGACCUGCCUUUCAUAGUGAUGAAUCUUCUGGAUAGAAAUCUGGAAAAGUUGCGAGAGCAGACAGUCACUUUCAGACCAGCUACCGCUUUCUACAUUGCAAAUGAAGCAAUGGCGGCAAUCGGUUUCUUGCAUUCUCUUAAAUACAUUCAUCGGGAUGUGAAACUCACGAAUUUUUGUCUUGGUACAGGACCAGCCAUCGGCAGAAUAUUCUUAAUUGAUUAUGGUGACACAGUAAAGGCAGGCAAAAAAAUUAAGUAUGGUACGCCGGAUAUUUACACUCUUCCGUAUUGGAGUUUGGAUGCUCAUAAGCGAGCGGCAGCUCGCGAAAGGGGUGACGCGGAGUCAUGGUUUUACAUGACGGCAGAGUUAGUGAGCCCAGGAUGCCUGCCCUGGAUCAAGAUGAGCUCAGAGAAAGACGUGGAGAGCGCAAAGCAAUCUCUUUGGGAUGAUGGUGAGGAUCUGUGCUGA